GCUACCAUUUCCGGAAGUAGCUGAAUUCGCAGGGAGACCCCGCUGGGAGCCGAGCGUUUCCGGAAACAGCCGAUCGGAGCGGGAGCCGGAGCGGAGAGCCGAAGCCGCCCAGCUCAAAAGAUUCGAAGGAAGCGGCGCCGUCACCGAGACACUGAGCUGAGCUGCUCGCUCUGCGCCGCGAACAUGGCCAGGGAUUACGACCACCUCUUCAAGCUCCUCAUCAUCGGAGACAGCGGUGUAGGGAAAAGUAGUCUUCUACUACGGUUUGCAGAUAACACAUUUUCAGGCAGCUACAUAACUACAAUAGGGGUGGAUUUUAAGAUAAGAACAGUGGAAAUCAAUGGCGAGAAAGUUAAGUUGCAGAUCUGGGACACAGCUGGGCAAGAACGAUUUCGAACCAUCACCUCCACGUAUUACAGAGGCACUCACGGGGUUAUAGUGGUAUAUGACGUCACCAGCGCCGAAUCAUUUGUUAACGUCAAGCGGUGGUUACAUGAAAUAAAUCAGAAUUGUGACGAUGUGUGUCGGAUACUGGUUGGUAACAAGAAUGACGAUCCUGCACGUAAGGUGGUAGAGACCAAUGACGCACAGAAGUUUGCAGAACAGAUGGGCAUUCAACUCUUUGAAACUAGUGCAAAGGAGAACCUCAAUGUCGAAGAGAUGUUCAACUGUAUCACAGAGCUCGUGCUGCGUGCCAAGAAAGAAAACUUAGCCAAACAGCAGCAACAGCAGCAGAACGAUGUCAUCAAACUGUCGAAAACCAGUAAAAAGAAGAGGAAGUGUUGCUAACGAGGAACAAAAUAAAUGGACUUCUUUGCAAUGAACAGUCCCUUUCACAUGGACUUGUAUAUCACAAAUUCAGAAACAAACAUUAUUUUUCAUCCCCCACCCCAUCUCUCCCCCACAACUGUCCCCACACCCACACCUUCACCCCAAGCCUUGGGAGGGUAAUGUUUGAGAACAGACGUGGGAUCUUGUUGGCUCGGUGCUGUUGCUCCUCAAUUUCAGAUUCCGAAUUAUUAUUUUUCCAUUGAAAGUGACUGCGCCAAUGGAGCUCAGUGCCAAGACCAGAGCAGAUCGUCUCAUUCCAUUUGAUUUCUACAGUUCUACAGAGAAAAUAAAUGAGUGACUUGUCUCGCUUAAGGGAUUUAAAAACCCUGUACAUAAUGUACAGCUUUAAUGCCACCCUUUUCCUCAUCGCUUCGCCUAAUACUUUCCAAUGCCAAGAAAUCAUGAAGCACCUUCAUUCUCUCAUCUGUUUUGAUUUUUAAUAAGUAAAAUUCUCCAAGCUGCUGACUAAUGUUGAUGCACGGUGGCCACUAGCUGCUUCCAAUUUUGCACCGUUUCUGCUGUUACUCGCACUGUUGUCUGACUCAUUAUUUGUGGUUGGGGAAGAGGUGUGGGCAAUGUGGAAAGGCAACUUUUAUGAAGGGAGAAAGGGACAUUGAGUUGCUAAUUGGGCUCAGCUGUUUUAUGAAUGGAAUCAGAGACCUAUUUUGAUUUGGAGUUUUUUUUUAAAUCAUCAAUUAACUACUCCCAUUAUUUAUAUUAAAAAUGGAUCCAGAGAUUUUGACUAUGGACUCAGCUCUAGGAUGGUAAUUAGCCUUCUACUAUGAUGGGUGGGUGGGAGGGGUGGGGGCAGGGAAGUAAUGAGGAAAAAAGUAACAAAAUAAAGUGUGAAAUCAGGUAAGGUGAAUGAACGGUGUUUUUAAUAUCUCAAUCGUGUCUGUUAAUGAAUGCCUCAGCCCAUCAAUGUAGAAGGCAAGUGUUCGAUUUUUGAUGGUGCCUUCUUCUAAACAGCAUAUAGUGUCUGUCCUACUGCAAAAUAAAUGCAACAGCCCAUCUUGUACUGGGAGGAAGGAGGUCAUUGCAUUUCACAAUGGGAGAGAUCAUCAGAUCUGUGCGAUGUGUGAGGGAGUUGAGGGCAAUUGGAGUCUGCCACUGGGUGUGAGGACCCUUGCUUGGAGUGAGUCUCUGCAAUCCCAAUCCAGUUGAGAAACCCCAGUUUAUUGCUAGUUUGACAACUUCACCUGAGAAGCUGCAAGGCGGAUGAAACUUGUCGUGGGGAGUGUGGUACGCAAUACUAAAGUUGAAGCACAAUUCUGUGUGCCCCACGUUAUGAUACAGAGAGCUGAUAAGAAAAUAUAGCAGUUUUACAUCUAAUAAUUCUAUACUUGACGUUGACAUUGGGUGCCUGAAACGGGAGUGUCCUUUUCCCAAACUUUAACAUCCUGCACCUUGAUAGAUGAACAACCUCUGCUCUGCAUAUUACAGUUCAGCCUGUCAUUGCCUCAUUCUGUGUACAGAUCUCCCUUAUGAUGACAGUGUGGUGAGCUGCCUCUCAUCUGAAUGCAAUCAGGGUGGGUGGAAUCUGCAAAAAUAAAACUGCCCAAAAUUGAGAAAGACAGUAAUUGCCACUAAGUGAAGAGUCUAAUGCUUAUGGAGAUGGCUAGUACAGGGUGUGGAAGGGUCACCCGGUGCAGGAAUUAAACACUCUGAAUAAGGGGUAAUACCACAUCAAUCACACUGAAGUAAUCCUGUGAUUUACCUGACCUGGUAAAUGCUUGAUUAGGAAUAGCGGAUGAAUUUUUUAUUGGUAUGUAGGAUAAAAAGUGACUUAAAUAACCUUUGUUUUGGGGUUACUAUUUACUGACAGUUUUAAAGAAAGGAUAUCAUGUAUUUGUGCACAUACUGGUAAUUACAUCAAAGGAAAAGGUCUGUUUUAUAUGGUGUUAUAUUGUGGAGGCCCAUCUGUUCAAAGGUGUAUCUUAAAAUAUCUGAAAUCCUGUGGCACUUGGUUAUUUGACUGUUUGUGAUGACGAUUAUGUAUUAAAACACAGAAGUUAUUACAAAAUGUGCGGGUUACAAAAUCUGUUUGACAAGUGUCCCUAUGUAUGCCACCAGCAUGCAAUACAUGUGCACCUCUCAAUUUUUCCAGUAUGUGCAUCUUUCAUCUGCUCUUCGCUUUGUACAUCCAUUGUGCCUGUGUACGGGUUGAGAAAAUUUCUGCAGAAGUGCCUGACCUGCACUGUUCCCUUGUUUGGAUGCUUGUGAAUGUAGCUUGGAAGGUGUCCAUCUUGGUUAUGUGUGUGUUGUACUGAAAUGGGAGGGAAGUGGGAGUGACUGCAUGUCAGUCCUAUUGGUCAGGGUGAGUGAGUAGGGAAGAGGGACUGAGAGGUGGGUCAAUGGGAGAGGCAGUUGUUGCAGGGUCAUUGUGGAGGUGGGGUUA